CCGCCGCGGCCCGUCCGGCCGUCGUCCCUCGUCCGUCAGUGCGCCCGCCGGGCUGCUCGGCCGCGGGAAGGGGCCGCGGGGCGGGCCGAGGGCGCCGGAGUCGGCGGGCGCUGGCUGGGAUUGCUUUAGAGGAAGCGCGGGUGGAGACGAAUCCGGGCUCGGGCUGGAGGCGCACGCAGCCCGAGGCCAGCGGCGGGGCCGAGCCUGGUCGGGGAAGCCGUCGCGGGGCCGCGAGGUCCCUGGGGAUGAGGGAGGCGGGCGAGCCUCGCACGCUAGGCGGGGGGGCCGAGGUGGAGGUGGGCAGGGGGCCGCGGCGCGCCGUUCCGCCCAGCCCCGGUCCCGGUGGCAUCUCCCCUCCCCAUUAGCCGGGGCAGACAGUCCCUCCACCCUCGUUUGUCCACUCCAGACCCCUCUCGGCCCAGCCCAAGCUCCCCCUCCCCCCACCAGCCAGCAGCCCAGAACCUGACACAGUGUCCGCGUCAGAUCUCGGUGCCCACCGCAGACUUCAUCCCGGGACCCUGGAGGGUGCUGAGGAGCUGCGAUUCUCCACCCUGGAAUCUGCCUGGGGCACACUUCCUGGCUCACCGGAGAAAAGGCAGGGGUGACGGAGCUUGUAAACGCCCAGUCGGGCUGCUGGUGGAAGAAGCGGCGGGAAGAUCGCUGCAGGGCACGGCCCUCGUGAGUCGCCCUCCGUGCGUGUGUACACCUCUCGUUCCUGAUUGUAAAACCCACACACGUGCACAUGAAAGUUCUCCAGAGGAUCAAGAAGGAAAAAGUCACGUGGACUACUCCUCCACUUUUCACUUGUCAUAAGCAUUUCCCAUGUCAUUAAAAAUCCUUCCUAAAUGUUUUUGUUCCUUUUUUUUUUUCUUUCUUCAUGAUGAAGGUCAAACAUGAUCAAAAUACCAUUUGGGGGAGAUUAAGAGAAGUAUGAAGAACGUAGCAUUUGGCUGGGCGCCUUUGGGGCUCUCCCGGCGUCCCUUUUUGGGACCCUCAUAUAUCAUUUGCAUCCCACUUUACCCUGUACCUCAUACCAUCUGUAUGUCACGUCUGCCUGCCUUGAGCAUGUUAUGUUACCGUGCAUUUUGCAGUCAUAAGUUCUCCACCAUGUGAUGGGAGGGUAGUUGAUCUCGCCAGGCUUGACUGUUGGGCACUUCUGUUGUGAUUCUUGGUGCCUAAAUCUUUGUCCCAAUUUCAGAUAAAUUCCACAGCACGCGAACUUCCAGAAUGGUCUUGAUAUACAAGCUGCCAUGUGGUGCUUUCCAGAAAGGUCGUGCCAGUUUGUACUUUGACUAUUGGAUCAGCACAGAGUACAAGUGUUUAAAAAAAAGAAAAAAUCUCAUUUUUAUUUUUACAACUUUAACGUUCUCUUCAGUUGGAUGUUCGCUAUAGGAAGCUUGGAAAAUGCACAAAAUGCUAUUUUUUCACUGCCCUUCCCACUUUCCCUCUGUUUUUAGUCUCUUUCCCCCCUUGUCCUCACCGCCUCCUCCCUCAGUAUUAAGUUAGUGGAAAAGACAAGAAAGACAGCAUAGGCAGGCAGGAAGCUUCUGUUGUGCUAUUAUGUAGCAUAUUUGGCUGUUUCCAUUUAAAGGGAAUUGAAAGUCCAGUUCCUUAUUUCUAGUGCUUAGGAGCCACAUAUUAGCUGGCAGCUGUGCCAGGCGGGAUGGCACAGAAGAAGAGCAUUUCCAACCCCAUAGGGAGUUGUGUUGGGCAGUUCCGGCUACUCCACCAGGGCAGGAAUCCUGUUCCCCUCGAAGCUUAGCAAACCGUGUGAAUGAUGAAAUGAGUGAAGGAGGCAGACGUAUGCUAAGUAAGGAAAUGGGGUAUGUUCAUGACGAGGUAAGAGUCAUGAAGACAGCACACUAAAGACCAGGAGACGAGGAUGAUGGCCUGUGCCAAACCAUGGUGACAUGCUGCUGUGGUGACAGCUGGGCUGGGAUCAACAUCAGAGAGGAGUGUGGGUAGGAACAGCGCAUACAAAGAUCCUGGGGUGACCAGUGCCUUGUCUUCAACCCAAUGUAACCCAUGAGUGUCGUGGAAGGAGAUUAGGUCAGAAUGAGAUGGGGAGGGCUCGGAUCAGUUCCUUGGGAACUAGAGGUCUGGCAAGGAGAGAGAGAGUGAGGGGAGUGCUGAGCAAGGUGGUGGCCACCAUGUGAUGUGGCCGCUUUGCGCCUGCCCCUCUCUGCAGGCCCCUGACUGCUGACUGCAUCCAUCUGCUGCCACCUGGGUUUGUCUGGAGCUGCUGGGACGGUCCUGGGAUCCAGCCUGCUUGCCCUCAGAGGCCGGAGAGAUGCUCCCGUUGCCCAAAGCCCUCGCCUCCCCCAGGAAUACCCAGAUCCCAGCCCCGGGGCAGCAGGAUGGGGCUCCUGAGCCACCCAACCCUGGGGAUACUGAGGCCUGCCGCCUGCGUUUCCGACAGUUCCAGUACCGUGUGGCAGGCGGGCCACACCAUGCACUGGGCCAUCUCUGGAUGCUGUUGCGCCAGUGGCUGCGGCCCGAGGCACACUCGAAGGAGCAGAUCAUGGAGCUGCUGGUGCUGGAGCAGUUCCUGGGAGCGCUGCCCAGCAAGAUGAGGACCUGGGUGCAGUCGCAGGGCCCCCGCACCUGCAAGGAGGCCGCUACCCUGGUGGAGGACCUCAUAGAGAUGUCGCAACAGGAAGUUCUGGUAUCUCUCACCGAACACCAGGACAAGAGCAACAGGGAGGAGGAAGAUGGGAUGAGCCCGAAGUCCCGGAAAGACCCAUCCCAGGCAUCGGAGCUGGGGCUCCCCCAGGAGGGCGAGUGGCUGCAGCCUUCCCAGCCCCAGCGGAGUCCCCACGCCAGGGCGGGGGCCGAGGCAUCCUGCACCCUGGGCUCACUCGGGCUUCAGCCUCCUAGCAUGCAGACAGACAGACCGAAGACGCUGCAGCACGAGGUCCCCUCAGCCUCCCACCCAGGCCCAGACUGCUUGCUUCCGGUGCCUAGUAUCUGGGAUGAACCUCCCUGCGGGCCGGCUGGGGACGGAGCCCUGAGGAACAGACACUCCCUCCCCAGGCAGGCACAGGACGCUGUCCAGGCAGAAGGGAGUGCCUGGCAGGCGGAGGCCGCCCCCAGGGACACUGCGCUUCAGGGCACUGGAGGCCAAGGGCCUGCUCUAGAGUGGCCCCCGCACCCGAGCCCUCAGCCCGGCUGGGUUGCAGACCCCACCCUCCCCAGUGCUCAGAGUGGCAGUCCCCAAAAGGGUCUUGGGGACAGCGAUGCCAGCGGCACCCACCUGCCCUUACUCAAAGACCCCAAAGCCUCCCCUGAAGAGGCCGGGCAACCGCUGGCUGCUGCCCCCUCCUCGGGGAGCUCAGCGGCGCCCCAAGUCCCCCCAGGGGCACGGCCCUUCACAUGUGCCGAGUGCGGGGAGGUUUUCAUCUGGGUCACCCACUUCAUCGAGCACCAGAAGCGCCACCUGGAAGAGGCGCCCUUCUCGUGCCCCGAUUGCGGCAAGGCCUUUCUGCACGCCUCGGUGCUGGAGGAGCAUCGGAAGAUCCACCUGCUGCAGCCGCCGCGCAAGAGGCCCCGGCGGGCCAGGGGCGAGGGGCCCGGGGAGGCCCGCCGGUUGGAGGCGGCAGGCCGAGGCCCCCGCGCCCGAAACGCGAAUGGAGGCCGGCGCCGGGAGUCCUCCAGCCGCGAGCGGCCCUUCGAGUGCGGCGUCUGCGGGAAGGCCUUCCCCUGGAUGGUCCACCUCCUCGACCACCAGAAACUGCACGCCACGCAGUGA